AUGGACGACUACUCUUCCACAGGCAGUCCGCUUCAUGCCAGUACCAGCAGUGGAACGGGUCUUCGGCUUGUAUUACCGCCUCUUAAGACAGUCCAGGCAUUGAAGGGAAAGAAGAAACAAAAGGGCCAACAUCUCUGGCAGGAUGAAGCGGUGAAGAAACCUCCGAGGCCGGUCAAGCUCAAGCCAUUAAGAGAGGUGCUUACGAAGCUGAUUGUGCAAAUCAAAAAGAAGGAUGACUAUGCCUUUUUUCUGCACCCUGUGGAUACCUCCCAAGUGGCAGGGUAUACAGAUGUCGUCAAGCGGCCUAUGGACCUUGGUACUAUGACUACGAAAGUGGAGAGGGGGAAGUACCGUUCGCUGGAGGAAUUUGCUGAUGAUCUACGGCUAGUCACCACAAAUGCCAAGCUAUUCAACCCUCCUGGAACCAUCUAUCACACUGAGGCGGAGCGGAUUGAGGCCUGGGGACUGGAACACAUCACCAAAGCCGCAGCCAGUGUGAUUGAGUACGAGACAGAUUGGAAUAUCGAGAUCGAGCGAGAUGACAACGAGGAGCCGGAUCUAGGGGUGACGGACAAAGGGACACCAAUGGACGUAGACGAUACUGCGUCGGUCACAUCUUUGCAGACACCUGUUGCGCAGACACCAACACAACCAGGGAUGGGCAGACGACGCGUAGGGGGUGGUGGCGUAAAGAAGCUGCCAGGGGCAUUGUCAGCCAGUUUGGAGCAAGACGGGGGUUUGCCUGGAGCAAAAGAUGGACUGGGUGCAUUUCCACCGGGAUCGGAAUGGGCAGAACUGAUGUUGUCGUUGAAGCUCAAAGGCAGGAGAUUUCGUACGAAGAAAGAGCGGAUGCGCAUGGAGCGGGGUGGCCCGCCAUACCGUGCGGAUGGCAGUUUGGACUACGCAGACUUGGAGAAUCCGUUCUCUGUACUAUCGUUUUUUGUCCCGGAAGCCCCGACUCGUCCGAUACUCGCUGCAUUAUAUCCUCCAUCCGAACAAGAUCAGGCAAAUUUCAUCCCAGUUAAUGUACGUGCGGACCCUGAGGCGAUUCCAUUUCUACCUUCACUCGCACCUACACCCCUGACCGGCGUCUCAAAGGCGAAGGCAAAGCCGCGUCGACGGCAUUGGUUGAUUUCGCAUGCACCCACGCGUGGGCGUCCGAAGGAACGCGACGACGAAGAGGAAGGUGUUGUGGGACCUGUACAAAGGGAAAGUACAGCAGGAGAUUACGGCGCGUUCGCUCCACUCACCGGCAUACUUGGGGCGGAAAGACAUGUGGAAGAUAUCGAGAUCGAGCUGGGCUCUGAAGAGAAGCUCCUGGAUGCGAUACGAGAAAGUGUUGAAAGGAGGCAGGCAGGCUCUCAGCUGCCAUCUGUCGAUAUGCUGGACACGGAUAAUCCUUGGCAGGGGACGGCGGAGUGGGCGGAAGAAUAUUUGAGAGACGUAGUAUAUGGUGGCGUCGAUGGGCUGGCGUAUGUGCGCAGUCUUGCGGAGUUCGUACGAUCGCCUGAGCCUUUAGAAGACAUGGGUGUCUCGCUCGGACAUCCUGCCCUCGACAUGCCUCUUGCUCGAUGGGUGGAAGAAAACGUUGUUGAGCCACUCACAGAUGGUCGCCAUCGGGUCCUGAGUGGGGCGGCACGCAGAUUACACGACCCGCAGUUGUCAACUGAUCCAACCAUCCUCGCUCAGUUGGACGCAUGCCUGAAAACGUACCCACGUGUGGCACGAGAGCUGAAUGAGCUGCGACAAACGUUGCAAGAGAAGAUCGACAUGGCGCCGUUGAUCCGAAGCCCGGAGGAGCUCCUGCAAGUCGAGGAGGUCUGGGAGGGGAAGAUGUUCCGCGAUGUGCGGAAGCAGCAGCUAGAGGCAGAACGCGAGAAGGAGCUGGAGCGGGACGCGGCGGCGUAUUUGAAAUAUGCGAUCGAAAAGCACCAGGAAGCGCAAGGACAGAUGCAGCAGGGCGAUGUGCCGGAGGAUUCAGACCUACUGCAACAUGUGCUGGAUUGUGCAGCCGAUGCGAUAGCUGAGAUCAGCAGAAGGACCGCUUCUGUGGGCGGCAUCGCUGAAGUCAAACAGGAGGGCAGGGAGCCUUUUCGGCGGUUGCCGCUGGCGGAUGAACAGAAUGUCGAUGUGGAGAUGGUAGUGGAUGAAGACGCUGUACAGUCGGAUGGCCUAGGAGAGGAAGACUCGCUGAUGAAACAGCUCAGGAUGAAUUUGCUAGCAUUGGCGAAGAGGGCUUCGCUGGAUCAGAUCGCUAUGCUACCUCCAGAGCUGGUCCCGGAACAUCUUCGAGGCGUCGUACCAACUGUCCAGUCAUAA